AUGCUGCCCACACUCCUUCCCCUCGCCCUCCUCGCCGCCUCCGCCGCCGGCCAGCUUUCCCACCCGCCGACAUUCCUGCGCACAAUUCAGAGGCGCGCCGACGGCGACACCUCCACCACGGACCCGGAGACGCCGAGCACGACGACGGAUACGGACACGUGCGACCCAUCCCACAAUGGCCUCGCUACGGGCACCCUGCAGUACGUGAGCGACUGCAACGCCACCACGUACUGCAACUCGGACGGGACGUGCAAACCCAAGGGAUGCCGCCGGGACGAGUUCCCGCUCGGCUACCCGCUCUCGGGCAUCAAGGCGAACGGCUGGCCGCUCGAGGCGCCCGACAAGUGCGACAGCGGCAAGUUCUGCCCAGACGAGGGCACCUCCUGCCAGGAUCAGCUAGCCGUCGGCAGCGCAUGCCAGCUCGACCGCGAUGACGAGUGUCAGCCCCCGGAUAAUGCAAACGAGCUCGAGGACAAGAAUGGUUACGGCUUGAACGUCAACGGCGCGAUCUGCCUCAACUUUGUCUGCCAAUGGGCGAACGUGACUGCCGGCCAACAGUGCGAGGUGGAGAACGUGGGGUACAUCACCUACGGCGCAAACAACUCCGAAUAUGUCGACAUCGUCUCCCGCGACAACUGCGUCGUUGACUCUUACUGCGAUGCAUCAGCUACUCCCCACGUCUGCGUCAAGCGCAAACUUCUGGACGCGACCUGCACAGCCGACAAGGAGUGCACUUCGUUCAACUGCGCGUCCGGCAAGUGCGGAGAAGCAGUAAACACUCCCAAGCACUACGGCACCUGGGUCUACAUCGUCAUCGGCGUCUGCAUUUUCGGUGGUAUCUUCGCCAUCCUUGUGGCCCUCUUCUUCCUCCACCGUCGCGACCGUGACGCCGAGCGUGAGAAGCGUCUGCAGUACUGGCGCGAGCAGAACGCCUUCCGCCAGAACAUCAUGCAGAUGCAAGAGUCCGCGCGCGCCAGCGUGUUUACGGCAUCAAGUCGACGUGCGAGCGCCUAUGGACUGCAGACGGAGGACAGCCAGGCGCCAAUGCUCAAAGCCGAGCACAAGGGCUCCGGCUUGAGAUAUUACGUCGGCUCGGAGGACGCGCACGGGGAGAACGGCUCAUACGGAGACGACACGGCCGAGAACGAGGGCCUCGUCAUGCGCCAGCCCUACAACCCGGACCACAAGUCGCCGCAGCCGUUCUGA